UGCACGAUCAAUCACCGGCGACCGGAGAUGGUCCCGGAUCAGCGGGGACGCGGACUCCGGCGUCGAGCGUCGUCGGUCGGGGAGGCGUCCAGCGGAAGAUGGACUCGCUCCAGAGGAAGAUUGCUGGCGGCGGAGAACACUGGCCCGGCGCAGUCAGUCGAAGAUUCUCGAGGCGAUCGGCGGAGGGCGGAGGGUUUCAGUGCGAGGAAGAAGCGGGAGGCAGCGGGCAGCGAAAGGGUGCUGUCCGCGGAGGAAGUCGCCUUAGCCGCCCGGCCGCUCCCUCCCCAUGCUCCCUUCCCCAAAUCUGGCCAACAUGAUGACGUGGUGGCUUGGAGUGAAGAUCUCAUGAAGCUCGGAGAUGAAGAUACUAGCCUUCUGACCCUUAGAGCGGUCAGGGGCACUAAAUCCGUGAAAUCUGCAAUGAGCUUGGAUGAUAGAGACAUGAUCCUGGAUGUGGCCUGCUCUGUUGUGAAUGUAUCAGCUACCGAGCCUGAUGGAAAUGUGGUUGUAUACUGCACUGGCAUCAUCACCGAGUAUGAUGAGGUUGGUAAGUGCGCAAAAAUCUUGUCUUCUUCUAGCAUCAUGUGAAGCGAGGAGGGCGAGCUGCGUGACCCAAAUCAGAAGACUUGCAUAUGUGGGCCGGUAAUUGACAAUAAUGGCGAGGUUAUAGGGCUGAUUACCUCACAUCUCCCACAAUCAGCCAUUUUAUCUUUCUCCAUAGCGAAAAAGUGCAUCCAGAUGUGGAAUAAAUUUGGGUAUGUUCCUAUAUUUUAUCGUUUAUAACAAAACUAUAUCAAGGAGACUUUUAGUUAAUGACUAUUCCCAUCCAGAAUUAUUUGGCUCUAGAAUAUCGAUUAGUCUGUGGAACUGGCUUAAUAGAGGUCCAGCAAGGAAUCGUCCCCUGAGUCUUGGUUGGACUUAUCGUCUAGAAUAGGGAGACUCUGAAUCUGUUUGAAUUAUUUGGUAGUCCUAGCAACCAUGAAUACCAUAAGCAUAUUUGCCCAUUUGACUAGGACAUUAAUAGGCUAGAUACCUACUACAAUUUGUGCAAUAUUGACCAGACAUCUGUGCAAGACUGGGAUCCAACUAAUUCUAAGCCUAUUGCCUAAGACUAGCACAAAACUAUUGGUCCGACUGUAACGCCCCGAGACCGAUGUGCCAGGUGUCUUCCAGUUAUUCAUUGUCGUUGCCGUGUCAUGUGCUUACGUGUUGCAUCUUGUCAUGUCAUCAUGUGCAUUGCAUCAUCAUGUUUUCAAAACUUGCAUCCGUCCGGGUUUCCCCAGUGCCAUCCGUUGUCCGUUCUGAGCCCACACACACUUGCACGCGCCCGCGGCAUGUCCGAAAUAUUAUUUUAUAAGUGUCCGGAAAAUGUUUUCAGAAUGGGAUGAAAGUCGGCGUGCGGUGUUUUUAUGUUGUAGGUAGGCCGCCUGUCAAUUAUGUUUUUAUGUUGUAGGUAGGCCUCUUGUCAAUUUUCGUCGCAUUCGGAGUUCGUUUGAUGCCCCAACGAUUAACUAUAGCGGCAGUAUAGCCGGUCUAACGUCGGACGUUUUUCGGUCUUCGAGAAACUGCUGCCGGGUCUCUCUCUCUUCUCUUCUCUCAGCUCGAGCCUUUCUGCACAGCCCACUAGCCCACCUAUCUAGCCCCCCACCUACCUCUAGCCGCCUCCCACCUCCAUUUCCGCGCCGCACCACCCCUACCUCGCCACUUGGCGCCGCCUGUGCGGCCAGCGCCGCCGCAGCCGCCGCCCUCCACCACCAGGAAGCCGCCAUGUCGCCCCUGGCCUCCUCCCACCUCCCGCGGCCCUGCCAGGCCCGAGAGGGGCCCGCGGAGCCCAUAUGCCGCGCGCGCCCGGCCUCCCGCAGCAUCCUCGAUCCCGACCUGGAUCGAGGGAGUCUACCCCCGCCGCACCAUCUCCUCGCUGCCGGAGCCCGAUCCCGAGCAUGCUCCUCGCCGGCCGCCUUGAACCCAGGUCACGCCGCCGUCGCCAUUUCCUUUCCUCCCCGUCUCUCUUUCUCUCCCUAACCCCUCUGCUCUCCUCCUUGGUCAGCGCCGCCACCAUGGCGCCUAACCCUCGCCCUCGCCGGGAAUGGGUCCCCGGAGCCCGAUCCGGCCUCCACCACUCCAGAUCCGUCGUCCCCGUCGAUCCCCUACCUCUCGCCGCCCGCCAUCGCCAUGGAUCGCCGCUGGCGCCCCUGCCAUGGCCUCGCUCGACCUCCUGUUGAGGGAGAUGACGAGCACCCGCCUUCACCUGACGUGGGCCGCAUCCUGCGCGAGGCCCAGCGCCAGCCCCUCCUCUCUGCUGGGCCGCCGUGCCAGAUCCGGCCCAGCCCCGCAGCCCCAAGCCGGCCUCCUCCCCACCGAAUCAGGCCAAGCCCAUGGGUGAGCCACCCCCCAGCGCCCCCCUGUUGUUUUUUCCCUUCCUGCUAUGGGCUUGCCCCAGAUUCGGCCCGAUAUGUUUUUUUUCGGGUUCUGCGAAUUUGUCUAUUAUUCCGGAGAUUGCUGUUUUACAGAUUAGUCCCCCUAGUUCAUGCAUUUAAUAACUCACUAACCGUGCAUCGGAUUAAAAUGUUUUAUAUAUG